GCGGCCACUUGAAUUCCCUUACUUUUGCUUCUAUUUGUUUUUUCUCCUGUUUGUUUUGGAACUAACCAUGGAUGAUUCCUGUGCCAAAUUCGAGGCCGCCAUAGACGAUUCUGGCAAUACUGAGACGAAAGCUUGCGAUCAAACUUCAGUAUUGCCGGAUAAAGUCAUCCAUCACAUAAUGUCUCUGCUUCAUCCAAAGGAUUUUAUUAAUACCUGCUCGUUAUCCAAGCGCUGGAAUCGUUUAUGGUGUUCAGUCCCUGUGCUCCAGUUUCGUCAAUCCAACUGGCCACAUGAUCGUACACUAAAGUCUGAAGAAAUCGGAGAAGCACAACAACAACGGUUCGUAAAUUUUGUGGAUCGUUCAAUUCAAAAGUUUAUUGAUAUGAGAAAGCAUCAUCAGAGUAUUCAAAAAUUUGAUCUCCAAAUUCUUCGCAUGGAUACUGAGUCUGUUUCUCAUAUUGAUCGUUGGCUAAAAUUCGCCACGCAAAAUCAUGUCCAAAACCUAUAUUUAUCCAUGCCUAGGGGAUCUGAUGAGAACAUGGAAUUCUACAAUUUGCCAGUUGAGACAGUUUUUGCAUCUCAAUCGCUCCAGAGUGUGCUGCUCUCCGGUUGCGAAUUGAAUCUUGAACAUGUUAAGAGUUCCAUCCAUUGUCCUUCUUUAAGGAAAUUGGCUCUCCUUCAUGUAUACUUAGACAACAACACAAUCCGGAAUCUCUUCCGCUGCUGCCCAUCGAUUACUACUUUUCGUCUAUCUAAUGCUUGGGGAUUGAAGAAGUUACAUAUCUCGCGCAUCCCAAGUGUUGAGACUGUUGAGGUACAUUCGAAUACGGGUGACCUUGAGGAGGUUUACAUAGAUGAUGCUCCGAUGCUUCGAAGUAUUGAGUUGUGGUACAGAAGGGAUCUUCGAAGUAUUAAGUUGUGGGAACGAAGGGAUCGUACAUUCACAUACAACUUUCAUAGGUGUUCAGCUUUGACAAGUUUGAGCUUCAAUUAUUGCUUUUUAACAAACAAACACUUACAAGACGUUCUUUCUGGGAUUCCCAGUCUCGAGAGCUUAUAUAUUCGAAAUUGUAUGCUGGAUAGGACUAUUGAAAUUUCAGGCCGGAAGCUGAAGGCCUUGACUCUAAUCUACUCAGAUGUUUCAGAAGUUAAAAUUGAUAAUAGUUAUAACGGUUGCUUUUCAUUUAGCUUCGAAGGACGAGUAGAAGCGAUCCCUCAUCUUCAUCUGAAGAGUUGGAGUUGUCAUUGCCAAAUUAAUUUACAUAAUGCUUGCAAUGAUGUUAUCAAUGCAAACUGGUUCCUUGUAUUGAGGCAAAAACUCGUCUUCCUGAACUGUAAAAAGUCCAUACGUAUCAACCUUCAUGAGUAUAUCAAAAUAUCCGAUCUCAAGCAGCAAUUCAAAGAAAUUACAUUGCCCUCAUCAUUUGAAGUCGAGGAUUUGACCAUUUACACCGAUACGUCUUCCUUGGACUUUACAGCACUCCUAGAUCGCUUUCUUCAAUUAUGUCAUCCAAGUACCAUAUCCAUUCAAUCAAAUCAUAUUGCUAUACGCGAACGUAUACAGUCCCUUCUUGAGAAGUUGUGGAUGGACAAAGAUAUUGAAUCAUGCUGCGUAUCCAACAACAUCAAGUGCUGGCGUCAUUGCUUGGAAUACAUCGUUUUUGAGAGCAACAAAGUGAAAGAAGGCAUGGAAGUUUCUACCUUUAGAUUAGCUUGGAAGUUGGACAAUUAAACUCCUUGUUUUUUUAGUUUGAUUCGUCUUUUCAGUUAAUUCUUGUUUCUCAAUAGACUAGGCUUUAAGAUAUGUUAGACACAUAGUUUAAUUCUUGUUUCUCAAUUAAACUCCUUGUUUUUUCAGUUUGAUUCGUUUUUUAGUAAAUUUUUUUGAUGAUGCUAUUAUAAAUGGAAAAAUAUUACUAGCUGUUUGACAUUUUAAACCCCUAUAUAUAUAUAUAUAUAGAGAGAGAGAGAGAGAGAGAAUGCUUGGAGGGAGAACAUUAGUCAAACUUACAUCCCACACAUAUAAACCAAACAAAAACAAAAAAGGAAAACAAGUAGGUGAACACUCUAGCCUCCAAUAGAAAGCCAAAAAAAUCCAAAAUAAAAGGGAAAAAAGAGAGAACAAAUACAAAAAACACACCCUGAAAAACAGAAGGCCAAAAGAUUUCCAUACGAGUAAUAAAUUAGCCCAUAAAAAGGACUCACUUAUUCUCUC